CAUUAGAGCACGGCCAAGAGGUUUACCAGUGGUGUAGCAGAGUUCUUAGCGAAUUCAAUUAAAAUGGUUACGCACAACGGAUUUUUGAUUGCCUUACUGUUAGCGGUGGUGGGCAGCUCAUUGGCAUUCGAUUAUUGCAAUGACAAUGAUACAAAAUGUUGUGGUUACAGACAUAUCGCCUGUCAAAAUAAUAAGCAAUUUGGGCCACAAUGUAAAAGAUCUGCCACCAUUAUACCCAUGACUCAAAAUCUUAUUAACCUUAUUCUUCAUGGACACAACGAGGCACGAAACUUAAUGGCCAAUGGUACCUAUGGCUUCCCAACAUCCAGACGUUUGGGAGUUAUCGCUUGGGAGAACAGUUUAGCCCAGGUGGCCGACUAUAAUGUCAGACAAUGUAACCCCGUCAUGGAUCAAUGCCGCAACACUGAAUAUUUUAAAUUCGUCGGACAAAAUAUAGGCAUAUCCAACUGGAACUCCAGAGAGCAGCAAUAUACUAUCGAAGAAGUAGUACGUCAUCAAAUAAGAAAAUGGAUCUCACAACGGCGUUUUGCGACCACCCAAGAUAUGCAAUCUUAUCCUUUCAAGCUACCAGAAACCACCUUUGGAAAUUUUGCCGUUAUGAUGCUUCAAAAGGCAAAUCGAGUAGGAUGUGCCAUACAGCGGGAAACGGAACCUGAUGGUUAUGUACGCCAGGCUAUGACAUGCAACUACUCGCACGAUCUUGUUGUCGGACAACCCGUUUAUGCCAUGGGCCCAACUGCUUCUGCCUGUAAUGCUGGUAUCAGCCCCGUCUACCCAAAUCUGUGUACAGUUUUUGAGGCUAUGUAUCCAAAUCAAAUUGGCAAAUUUGGACCACAAUGUAAACCAUCUGCCAAAAUUAUUCCAAUGACUCCCAAAAUGAUUGACUUUAUACUGCAUGCUCACAACGAGGGCCGUAAUCUCUUUGCAAAUGGUACCUAUGGUUUCCCUUCGGCUGUACGUUUGGGUGUUAUGACAUGGGACAUCCAAUUGGCCAAUGUAGCCCAAUACAAUGUCAGGCAAUGUAAUCCAGUUAUGGAUCAAUGCCGCAAUACGCCCACUUAUAGAUUUGUGGGUCAAAACAUUGGCAUAUCGGACUGGAAGUCUUAUGAGCAACAAUACGGUGUCGAAGAAGUUAUUCUACAUCAAAUAAGACAAUGGAUCUCCUCGAGACGUUUCGCAACAACACAAGAUUUGGUAUCCUAUCCCUUUGAAAUGCCAGAAAAUAACUUUGGACAUUUUACUGUUAUGAUGCAUCAAAAAUCCAACAAGGUUGGCUGUGCCGUUGAGCUUGAAGCUGAAGCUGAUGGUUUUAUGCGUCAGGCCAUAACUUGCAACUACUCGCAUGACAAUGUUGUUGGUCAACCCACCUAUCAAGCUGGGCCAACGGCUGCCUGGUGCACCAGCGGCACAGAUCCCGUCUACACCAAUUUGUGCACAUCUAAGGAUGUCUAUUUAUCCAAUAACAUUGGCAUGUAG